UCCGCCAUUUUGAAUUUUGAACAACAAAUUUGGUUUCAUAUUUAGAUAAUUAUGUAUCUCUGAUAAAUUAAAACUUAACACAUUUUUACCAAUUCAAUAACUUUUUUAAUUUCUCAGAUGCUUAGGAAGAAGAUUCGAAAAUAUAAAUUCACUUUUAGAAAGAACUUUACCAAUUUACAAUCAAAUAGAAAAAGUGAGAGAAGUCUUUCCAAAUUAUAGUAAAGUUCAUGUUUUAAUGGCAACUAAAGAAUUUAACAUUAAUUUCACUGACAAUUCGAAGCAAUUGAAGGUCUUGAUUUUAGUAAGAUAUCUUCAUAUGGAGUUAUCAAAAAUAUCCUGGGAGCUUAAUAGAAUUUAUGAAAAACAAUUGAUGAUGAAAAUGGGAGCACAUUUCAUUAUAAUAACAGGUCUCUUAUACAAUCUAUUCACAUUUUUCUAUUUUGUAAAUGAAACAUUAAAGGAUAAAUUAAGAAUCUUAAUCAGUACGACAAUAUGGUUCAGUGUUUAUUGUUAUCGAUUUUUAAAAAUAAAUACCACCUGUGCCAGGGUCAGUGCGGAGGCGCGCAAAACUAGGAAUAUUCUUUAUGAAUUAAAAAAUUCAAAUAAAGAUAAAGAAAUUAUUGAGGAGAUUGAAGAAUUUGGUUUACAAUUAACACAACGUCCUUUGGCAUUUACUGCAUGUGGAUUAUCUUCUCUUGAUUAUGACUUUGUGCGAAGAUUCAUAGCAUCCGUGACGACUUAUUUGGUGUUAUUGAUACAAUUCAGCCCCGAAAUACGUAAAUGCGAAAGAAAUUAUUGAGAUAGCAAUUUAAAAAAAAACUUAAUAUCAUCUAAUACUACAA